AUGAACCUAAGAAUACAAGGAAAAGACUCUACAGUACAAGAGACAGUGGACCAGAAGAGCACAAGUGGUGUGAAUGGAGAUGGGUUAGAGACUUCCUCGCCUUGAAGAUGGAACCAAGAAGUGAUGAAUCUAUUUUCUCAAAACUCUUCACUACUGCCUUCAGACAUUAAGAUCCCAGAAAUGCCAAAAAUUUACAGAAGAUCCCACCAGAAUGACGAAGAAAUUCGAAAAUAAGGAAAGAGAAAUCCUAAUGAAACAGCUUGAAAAAUUCGAUGAUAAUGUGAAACAUGCGAUACUUCUUAGUAAAGAUCGGGCUCUCAAGAGUGACUUCUACCGUAAGCUAGAGAGCCUAGCUCAGACGAUCCAUAUCUACAGGAAUAUCUUCUUUACUAGGAGUCCUUCCUUUGCAGAACCAGUCAAAGCUGCCAGCAAGGAAAGAUCUAAAAUAGGCUCGAAGAGCCCUUCCAAGCGAACAAGGUUUAGAAAUGGGCAAAAAAAAUUGCCUGUGAUCAAGCAUGGACCUUUAUACUCUGAUUCCAUCAGCACUGAAUCCACCAAAAGCAGAUCUGUGAACAGCCAGUACAAAGAUUUGAUAAAUGACAGAUUCGAUAAAAUAGUAAAUGAGGUUAUUAAAGAAGAGCGAAAUUCUCCAGAAAGAAAAAGACACUCCAUCAAGAAGAUGUAUAAGACCUCCUCAUGCGAGAGUAGCUCUAAUUUCUUGUCCAAAGUAGAGGCUCAGCCUGGCAAAUUCCCAAACUUGGUAUCUCCCUUUCGGUUACAGAAUAAUAAUGAGAAAUUGCCAAAUCUCGGAUGAAACAAUACUAUUAAUCCUCGAAGCUCCAAAUCGAAGAAGGUAUCUCCAGAGAAAAUGGAAAAUAGAGCUCUCAGACUCAGAAGGGCAGCCUCUAUUAAGAACUUACAAGAGCAUGAGCAAGCAAGGAUUAUCUACAAUCAUGGGUGAGAUAGUGGAAGGAGCAACAGAGGUUCUCUAAAGAAACUCGAUAAUGCCAGGAUUAAGAGGUUAGCCCAGCCUCGGAAAUCUCAUAAUGUAAUAAACCCUCCUCCUCAGAAUAGUCAUCCCCAAGGAGACCAUGACUUGAGUAGGUCGCGUCUCUUGGCCUUGAGAAACUCGAAAUCCCUCAAGAAGCUGAAAUACAAAGAUGAGUUCUUGAGCGCCAUUAAAGAUCUUACCACCGAUAUUUCAGAAAGUCCGAUUAAGAGGAAAAUUCCAGGAUUUAAGCCAGCCUUGUCCCUCAAGAAAUCAAUGAUAAUCUACCAAAGCGGAAUCAUUGAGGAUGAUGAGAACAAGCGUCAGAGAAGAAAGAAGUUCCAGAUCCCACAGAAGCAAAAAAUAAUAUCUACCGUAGACAGCAGGAACAACAAGACCAAAGAUACUGAGUAAUCUCCACUAAAUC